AUGUUGCCCAAGGCCUGGCUGUCGGUUUUUGUCCUCACUGUCGCAUCGUCGGCCUUUACGCUGGAGGAUCUUCACAUGGACGGCAUCAAUCAGUACAUCCACCAGGGCAAGAGGCAAGACGCCGAAGGCACCGGCGCCUCUUCAGCGUCUGCCGCUGCCGCAACGUCAUCAGCUGCACCGCCAGCUUCCUCCGCCGCCCCUCCUGCUACAUCGUCAGCCGCGCCAGCGACGUCAGCGACUCCUCAGCCAGAACCUUCAACCACGAACAAUCCAGCACCUUCCGACGACCCCACAUCUGACGCUCCUCCGGCUUCGACUCCUGCAGCAACACCAACUACCGAUGGCGGUAACAACAACAGCAACAAUAACAACGACAACACCCGAACGACUGCAGAAGGCACAAGUGCUACCGGUGGUGGCGGGAGCGCUGGUAACUCAGCAACCCCUACCCGGGAGGCCAGCUCUUCCGUAAGGACAACAGCGGUUGUCAGGACUACACCUCUUGUUUCAACUUCCCUUUCAGAGUACACCAGGACCGUCACCUCGACUCUCGAGAAUGGCCAAGUAACCACUGCAACCUCGACAGGCACCAGCACUUCCCUUGCCACCACUGGGCAAGCCGUUGUCACAGACCCACCUACUGCACAGGCAGGCGACAGCGACAACGGCGGUGGCAUCAGCGAUUCCAACAAGAAGGUCAUUGGAGGCGUUGUCGGUGGUGUAGGCGGUGCCCUCCUCCUCGGUGGCAUUGCUCUCGUCUUCUGGCGCAUGAAGAAGCGCCAAGCGCGUGUCCACGAAGACGACGAUGACCUCAUGGCCGGCACUGGCUCAGCCCUUGGUGACAAACCCCAGAACGGCACUGGAUCGUCGCCCUUCCAGUCGAACCUCGAGCAAUACCACAACCCUGGAGGACGCCCCAAUGCGGCUGCUAACUUCUAG